UAUAUAUAUUGAGGAUGCUGGGGGUGCUGAGCUUAAACAAGGAAGGAAAUAUUUCUCGUGUUGAUAACUCUCCUCCGAUCCGCGUCAGCGAUGAGUGAACCGCGCUUUCCCGUUGAUGUCCGAGUUAUCGGAGUCAUGCAGAAAGAAAAGAGCAAAGUGUACAUGACAUCUGUGUUAUGGUCUGACAAGAGCGAAGUGACAGUGUAUAGAUCCCUCCGCGACUUCAAGACGCUGCAUAAACAGCUGAAGAAGAAAUUCCCUGUGGAAAACCCACUACGUAAAAAGGACAGAGUGCUCCCACGAUUUGGAGCCAGAAACGUAAAGAGACCCUUUCCGACGAAGGGUCUGAGCAAGUCUGUGGAUCGACUGAAGAGUCUGGAGAAGUACUGUUCCAGUCUGCUGCAGUGUGACUCUACUGUAUCACAUUCCACAGAGGUCAUUCGAUUCUUCCUGCCAAACGAACAAGAGCUUCAGCCAGAGUUUACCCAAAACAGCGUGAUGAUUCUGCAAUCAGACUUCAUCCCCUCUGCCAAGGUAGGAGCUGACAUGCAAAAACGUCUGAGCUUUGGCAAUGUGACCCAGCCUUUCGUAUCCAAGACGUAUCGAUGUGUGGCUCCGUAUGAGACCAAGGACACAAAGAACAAACCCUUUAAGGUUGCUGUGGAUAAAAGACUGGAUGUGCUCAUUAAAGACCAAGCAGGUUGGUGGCUUGUUGAAAAUGAGGAUAAACGUCUAGCUUGGUUUCCUGCGCCCUAUCUGGAACUAUGUGAUGAGGAAGAGGAUGAAGAUGAGUUUGACUCAACUUGUGAUAUGUCUUUGUACUGUUCCACCCGAAGUUACACCUCAAAAAAAGAGGAUGAGCUUUGUCUGAGCAUCGGCGCUGUUGUGGAGGUGUUACAGAUGUCUGAUAAUGGCUGGUGGCUCGUCAGAUACAACACAAAGGCCGGAUAUGUGCCCUCCAUGUACCUAAAGCCAUACAUCAGCCCUACCUUUAGCUUUCAGACUCUUCAAAGAAAACUUCACAGCGCCACUAUCAACCUGUCCACCUCCAGCUUCAUUCACAAAUCCCACUCUCUGGAAGUGCUAUCAAAGAGCGUUCCAGAACAACGCGAGGAGUCUGGCAGUCUAAAGAGCAUCUUCAGGGAUGAUGGAACCGAUUUCAGCUUCAGUUCUUCAGACACUGACUCUAUAAGCCAGAGUGUGUCCAGCUCAGAUGGAGAUGAGAGCUUGAGACAGCCGAAUAAAGAUGACAGCGGCAUUUCCAGUGGCCAGUCUAGCCCCUCCAUCUCUAGCUACCCUGUGAAAGCAGCCAUGGUCCCCAGAGUACCACCCAGACCCCAAACUCAAGAGAUCCUAAGUCGAUGCACGACCUUUACCAGAAAAGCUGCUCUGGCGACCUCUGCACGUCUGUUUCCUCGAAGAGCAGGUUUUGUCGAUGGAGGUAAAACAUGAUAGUCUGAGUUUAAAGGAAACCAAAAUAUAAGCGCAUAAUCCAAAUACAUUUUUCUUUUCAUAACAUCUUUGUCUGUGUUCUUUCAUCUAUGAUUCACCUAAAUGAUGAAACACUGGUUCAUUGUAAUCUCUACUCUAUGUAAUCCAUUUAGUAAUAUCUAUUAAAUAUUACAGUAAAUAACUUAAAGGAAAAGCAGUUACAGCAUGCAUACAGUAUAUACUGUACAGGAUUUGAAUGAACCAUUGUACUGUGUUUUUACAGAUUUUUUACUUUAAGGUUAUAUUCAGACCUUCAGUCUUUUAUUUGUAUGUCAAUUUAAUGGUAUUCCAUACUGGAAAUUUGAUCUACACUUUUGGUUAUA